AUCCGGUCUUGGAACCCAUCAUUGGAACCAUGGCCCAGCACAGGCUCGUCGGACAACCUGAUUCCAUAACAGACACCACGGUCGACUCUACGUAUAAUUCUGAGACGGGAUUGUCCGGCGCAUUGGCGGGAGCUCCGGAUCGAGUCGCCGCUGAGGGCCCACCACCUUAUCCGUCUCUGAAUAGCUCUUCGGAGGAAUCUGAGGUGGUCUCGAAGUCAUCUCGAGAUUCACCCCCACCACCCCCUCCGCUGUCUUCGGGGCCCCCCCAAACGUCCACAAGCCCGCCUACCUCCGCACCCCUCCUUCAACACUCGGAAAUUUGGAAAGCGGAUGGCUUAUAUACGCUCCCUUUCUUCGGCUGUGAAGAACGAACCUACAGAUUUUAUCCUUUCCGUAAACACGUACAUCUCAAAGCAUUGGAUCUGUAUAAGAAACUCAGAACGUGCGCACCUCCUGAGCGAUGGAGCGACCUAUGUGGCAAUGCUCUCACGUGUGGUCGCCCCACUGCACCAGAUGGCCCACAGGUGAACAUGGGGCCAGUUCUGGCUGGUGACGUCAACGAACUGCUGGACACGAUGGAAUGCAGCUACGUCCUGAUUCUAAAAGCCAGAUGCAUGAAAAGUUUUGGAGACAGGGACGGAUCCGCGCACCUGGACGGCGACUCGAUAUACCAAUGGGUAUCUUACGUGUCUCUGGAACAUGCACAAGCAGGGGUAGUAGACUCCCUUCGUUCGGGCUACUCUAUCGUAGGGAAUUGGGUAGAACUCGACUUAUCCAAAGCCAGUAGAGCGAAACGGGUGCGGCUUGUUGGCAAAAGAAUUGUCGAGAAACGUCGCGUUUUUGCUGCUGUUGACGCUGCAGGUUUCACGGGAUGGCGAGAGUGGAUGCAUCUUCUUUGCAGCAUUUGUUAGAGCCGUUCGUAGUUAGCCGACAAAAGUUAACUCUCUUUCCCUUACCUUUCGCUCCGCACUUCUUAGCAGAUCAUGUAUCACACACUAGGAGCUGUUGUAAUGAGCCACGCCGACCCGCGCGUAGCCCAUGUGGGAGCUAUGCUAUGAUAUUAACA